CUGACAGUUUGAGCUUACUUUUGGAUUUUCUGGUAGUACAAGAGCAUGUCGGAGACCGCGCCAGUCGCUCCUGCUGCCCCCGCACCUGCAGAGAAAGCACCUGUAAAGAAGAAGGCGAAGAAAGCUGGCACUGCUGCUGGGAAGCGCAAGGCGUCUGGACCUCCUGUGUCCGAGCUCAUCACCAAGGCUGUGGCUGCUUCCAAGGAGCGCAGCGGGGUGUCCCUGGCUGCUCUCAAGAAGGCGCUGGCGGCAGCGGGCUAUGACGUGGAGAAAAACAACAGCCGGAUCAAACUUGGUCUCAAAAGCCUGGUGAGCAAAGGCACCCUGGUGCAGACCAAGGGCACUGGCGCCUCCGGCUCCUUCAAACUCAACAAGAAGGCUGCCUCUGGGGAAGCCAAACCCAAAGCCAAGAAGGCGGGUCCAGCCAAGCCCAAGAAGCCAGCAGGCGCGGCCAAGAAGCCUAAGAAGGCGACUGGCGCUGCCACACCGAAGAAAAGCGCUAAGAAGACUCCGAAGAAGGCGAAGAAACCAGCUGUGACUGCCGCAACCAAGAAAGUGGCCAAGAGUCCAAAGAAGGUGACAGCAGCCAAGCCCAAGAAGGCUGCCAAGAGUCCGGCCAAGGCAAAAGCUCCUAAACCUAAGGCAGCCAAGCCUAAGACUGCCAAGCCGAAGGUCGCGAAGGCGAAGAAGACUGCCCCGAGGAAGAAGUAGGGUGACCGGAUGUCCUGCUUUGAAAAAUCUCAACGGCUCUUUUCAGAGCCACCCACAGCUUUCAUUCGAAGGAGCUGAGAUUUCUUGGUAACGUUUUAAAGCUAAUUAAACUCCCGCCAUCCUGUC